AUCGCUCGGGCUAUCAGCCUCAGCUCGGCUCCUGCGAAUUCCGCCGCGUUGAAGAGGCAAAGAAGGAGCAACGAGCCGCACACAUCAACUCUUGACGCGUGUUUUGGGGUGCGUGCAGUCGGUCGAGUGUAUAAAAUAGUGAAGGGAAAAAGGGGGUGGGUGAGAAGUCAGGAGUGUCAUAAGAAGUUGUGCCAUAAGAAGCGAGGGGAAGCGAGAAAGAGGAGCGGUCGGUCGAGGAUCGAGGGUCGCUUAAGGGAGUGGAGGAUAAGUUACGCGGAGGAGGAGUUGAAUCGGAGUCGCGUGUGCGAGGAUUGUGACAUGUUGAGGGGUGGUGGCUGUGCGCGACCUUAGUAGUGCCGUACGUGGUUAUCUCACGAGUCGUCCGUUUUUAUGAUGACUCCCCUGGAUUCCACGCGCGAACCGCCCGAGAGUCUUGGCUGCAUAAGAAAAGCUUGCGCGGGUGUCGAACGGUCCGUUGGCAGCAGGAGGCAGAGGCGUGGAUUUUCGUUUUUGUUGUGCUCAAUUGAGAACGUCAGAUCUAUAUGGGGCAAUGCGUGUCUCGUAAGGCGGGCGCCGUCAUCGCAGCAUCCGGAUACUCGCCAUCUUAUCGCAUUAUGGAAAAGAAGCCCUCCAAGAAUCAGGGCGAUAACAAGAACGCGUCGAAGAAGGGUGCGCCACACACACGGGGCACUGCUAUAUCAUUCGGCUUCCGUAAGCGGCUCGUGGCCACCGGCAUCCCCGUGUCCCUAACCUCGAAGGAGUAUCACCAGGAACCACAUCAGCGUUCUAAAUCCGUAGGACCGGAGCACGAGUCCCGACGUCGUCAAGCCGACGAUGACUAUUACCAACCAUCCUCGCGCUACCAGAAUUAUUCGUCCUCGGGCCGUUCGACACCCAGAUUAGCCCCGCCCAAGAAAGAAUCCAGCGGACUCCCAAUUAGAACAAAUCGUUUUGGUUUCCGAAGCCAGCAUCAGAAAUUUACCGACAAAGUUACCGAUCUCUCCUUCAAUAAUCACAACAAUGUCAGCGACUUCAAUGAUCGGAACCAAGAUAAGGUCGAGACAUUUCAGAAUCUUCAUCGUCAGCAUCAUCAACCUCGUCACAACGAAUAUCAAGAGGAUGUCAAUUUCAAAGUGCGACAAAAUCGGUCGCCCCAUUCCCAGCAAAUCAAAUCACGACCUACGUCCGCCAAUCAAUCAGCUCAUAACAAUUCGUCUAAUUUCGAUGCUAAUCGAAUGGGCGUAGAAUUCCAGGGGCACGCGAGCAAGUACACGCUACAUUCCUCGCAUCUACCACUACCGCAAUACGCUGUAAGAAUGGCGGACGCAAGCUCCAAGAGUGCCAAGACAGUAGCCAAUCAAAAUCGAAAAGUCGGGAAUCCCCCGAGAUCUAUGGUUGGUACUUGUAGUUCGAAGGAAGGCUCGGGAACCGAGGAUUCAGGAGUGGGAAGUCAGCACGGAGGUUGCUCGGACGAGAAUGGAACGGGAGUGAGGUCGCGUUACGAAUAUUACGACGGCAGACAGACGCACAACAAGCCGAGAAAACUCGGUGUCAUGUUAAAUGGUAAAAGCUUCGACGUCCGGGACGUCGGCGAUGAUCAUACCGUCACCGAGAUCUCGGUCAUCACGCUGCCCAAGAACUUUGCUCAACCGCCGUCCCAUCACGCGAGUCCGAAUCUCAAUCUUAACACGGGAUUAGUUAGAGAGAGAGCCAAUCAGUACCAGAGGGCGAUCUUCAAUAAGGACAAUCGCUACACCGACUCUACCACCUCGAUGUCGACGACCUCGUCCGAAGGCUUCGACGAGGGCUUAGGCGAGGAGAAGGCUUACAAAGAUAGAGCACGUACGGAGAAGCUAGUAUCGUCCUCAUCUUCUUCUAUGGUGAGAUCCGCCGAUUUCAGUCCACCAAGUUCGGACGAGCAGGAGUUUGGUCAUGGCGGGGAGGCAAUGGCCGAUGAGUAUUCCUUUAGCUCCAACGACGAUUACAAUCAGCGACUGGACGCAUUGCCAAUAGUACCUUGCAACACCGUCACGCAAACGACUUCUCAGCAUUUCAAAGCAAUCUCCAAUGCUGCUAAGAGCGGUGCUCUUCCUAAAAGUACACUGAGAUCCGUUCUUCUUACAAUCGAGGAUCCGGCAUUUGCAGCCGUAGCUGCGACAACGACAACAUUGAUAGACGACGAGACAUCGCCGGUCGACAGUCUCUUUGACAGUCCAACAGCCAGUGUAUCGCAAUCGGACGUUAAAGUAACGAAGAAGGAGAAAAAUUUCAUGGAAAGAUCCGGAAAUACGAUCGAAGAUGACAGUCCUGGCACACCGACCAAUGCCUCGAAUUCAUUGAGCUUAUCGGAGGGCAGGGAGUUUUUCGAUGACGAGAUUGCUGAUCAACCAGGUCUGGUGUUCGACGAGACUCUGAGGGACACAUCGACCGCUAAUACCGAGCAAAGUCAAACGAUCAUGGAAAUCGCGCCAAAAUUAUGUAAGAGUGUGGAGAACAGUCCAGUGCCUGAAUGUAAAAGAAAUCGAGCUGGUAGUGUUAAUACGCUGUCUUCCUGCGAGUCACUUGCAUCCGAUGAUCUCAUGAUGGAUUACGAGCGCAGUGACGCCAGUUCAUUUGGCGAUACUAACAGUCGAGGCAAUUCCACGUUUGAAAUGCAGGAUUUGGAUGAUGCAACUAGUCUUUUGGAAUUAGAAAUACAGGGACAAGAAGUGAUGAAGGAAUGGCAAUCGUUAUUGGGACAGUCGAAUCAGUCAAUCGCCAAUAAUAAUAUUAAUGCUGGUCUAAACAAUAAUCAAAAUGCAGAUUCUGGACUCAGUAAUAAUCGGACAACGCGGCUUUUGCAUAGCAGAUCCAACACAGAAUCACCAAAAUCUCUUGACAGUACGCGAAGUCGUCAAAUUUUCAGUCCCCUUAGACCACCCAGAAGUAUACAAUCACCGAGUUUGGAUUCCGGAGAUGAAGGAAGUCUCAGGCUCGAGCGAGGAACGUACAAUUAUAUGUUUCAGGACAUCGUUUCCAUAAAAACAAUGCUCUUGAAAUUAAAAAGGGUUCUUCAGGAGUCAGAAGAGAACGGUUUGACGAGGUCCGAUACUCUCAACCCAUUCGAGAAUUCAUUAAAGAAUGGUCUCUUCUACAACCUGAAUGAUGGUAAUGCGACGACGGACUCCAGCACAUCUCCUAACGAUGGGAGAGACGCCAUCGUCGAUGAACUAGCCGAUCUACGUCGGCAGGUGGUCUUCCUACAAGGUCAAGUUGACGAUAAAGACAGGACGAUAGAAUCCUUGCAGUCUCAAUUAACAAAGUAUCAAAGCCCAAGCGGCGCGAAGCUUUUGAGCGAGACGACGGCGUUGCUGAAUGGCAGUGGAGAGCUUCGUGAGACAUCGAACGCUACCACGCAAACAGAAAAAUUACGACCGGUGUCGGCGGGACCGUCGCUAUUACAGGGACUUACUCAGGAUAAUGGCAUGGGGUCUGUUGUCAGCUGGAACGAUUCGUGGGGCAACCAGCAGCAGGGCUCGGGACAUCGUCCAGAGUCCAGUUCCUCGAGCACGACUAGCAGUAUCGCGAGCACAACGGGUAGACCGUCCUCGAGGCGCUCAUCCUCGGACUCCCAGCAGCAGCCCCGAGUAUCCAAUAUCCGGGGACUGAGGCCGCCCGAGACGCCAAGGACUCGCGCCUCCCGUAGCGUCAAGACACCCGAAGAGCCGAGUGAGCCAACGACGCCCACGAGGUCGGCCAUACCUACGCCCCGGAGGCUCCUCGCACCUACUCUCAUACCGAGGCCUGCGAGGGCUCAGUCCCAUGAGCGACCGGGCGCGCAGCUCCUGUAGCCGAGGCUCUUGGUUCUCCGACCACCUCAUACGAUCGCUCAAAUGUUGCAAAAGGGGAUUCGACGGUGAACCCCCACCCCUGCCCCCCUCUACUAUCCAAGUCUUCUUACGUUCAAUGGGAUUCUUUUAUUAUCUUGUUAAUAGGAAAAACGUGCUUUCGUGUGAGUUAUGAUUGCUACGUGGUGGUAGUAGUGCCUUUGGUCGGAUAAUCCUCAAACUGCUAUAUACCUGCAGAGUCGCAUACACUCAACGAAUCGCAUGAAUUAUCCGUAGAGAGUGUAAACUUUUACCAAAGCUUGAUUCCGCGGAUCCUAAAAUCCUUAGGACGCAAUUGUCGACGAAUUUUGCUUCAACUUUCGAAUUUCAAGCGGAUUAUCAAGCUGCUGUUUUCAA